UCCUAUGAGUACUAUGAAAUGAAAAUAGGCAUAUGCAUCAAAAAAUUACUCAUUGCCUUUCAUACUUUGUUGAUACUUGAGUCUGAGUCCAAAAAGAUUUCAGUUCGAGUAACACACGAAGAAAGUUUUGUAGUUCAAGGGGGUGGGGAUCAGGAUGUUGUUGAGAUGGUGGACCCAGAAAUGAGGAUUGCUAUAGAAAAGGAUUUAAUCUACGAGGAGCUGCUCUACAGAGCCAGUCAUAACAUUGAUAACAACUCACACACAAAUAAAGAUGUUCUCCACCAUAAAAGUGAAGGUAAUCCAAUGAUAAAGAAAGAAAGGGAAGAACUGUUAAAAAUGAUGGAUUCUAAUCCACAAAAUGGCCAGUUUGAUAUACAUGAUACAGUGCCUGGGGAUUCUAAGUCUGUACUAAAAACUAGUGAUGGAUAUCCUGAACAUAAAACCUCAACAGUCAUUUACAGAGGAGCAACUGAAACAGUUAUUUACAGACAGAGAGGAGCAACUGAAAAAAAUGGAAUACCCAAAGAUUACAGAGACAAAAAAUUGAUGGAUGAAAUAAAAUCUGUGUUAAAAGAAAAUAGAAUGCAGAGAUCCAGGUUAAAAUCAAACAUAAUAAAGAAUGAGGAUAGUAACUCUCACAUCAUAAAUAAAAACCAAAAAGAUCUGCUAAACAAUCUUUAUAAUAGGACACCAUUCUUUGGUUCAAAUUCAAAUCCAAUAAAAAAAAAUGUUUCUGACUUAUUAAAAAAGAUGCAAGAGAUAGACAGGAAUGAUCAAAGAAUAGAGGACCAGAUUGUGCCCUCAGUGGAUCUAUCUGAUGAAGAGCAGAGGGAGGGACCACAGACAAGUAGGCCACCAAGGGAGGGACCACAGAUAAUUAGGCCACCAAGAGUCCGACGACAGAUAGACAUCAAUGCCUUAGCUGAUGCUCAUUUUGAAACCAAAAACCUCUCUUCCUCAGGAGGAUCUAGAAAUCAUUCAGAUAGCAUCCAGGUGAUAACAAAUGAGGACGUUGAUGGGCUCAAUAAGAAAGCUGGAGAGAGGCAAGCUGACCUGCUACGGUACUUGGGAAUGACUCUCUUAUCUGUGGCUGGAUUCUCCUUUAUAUGUUACUGUUUUAUCAAGGAUCCUAAGCGCUGUAUUGCAUUGUUUGGUACCGGAUGUCCUUGCUGUAUUGUCUGUAUGCCUUGCAUUAAAUGGUAUGAAAAGAGGAUUCGGGCAAAAAUUGAUGUAAAGGCAAUGAUGACAGAGAACGUGAAUCGUUACCUUCCGGGGUGCAUCAUCCAUGAUGACGGAACCAUAGAAGCUUACGAAGCUACUCAAAAAGAGAUUGACAUUGCUGUUGAAAUUAUUGAAAUAGUCAAUGAAUGAUCUUUAAUGACAUAUUGCAAGUUCAAAAAUAUACACAUGAAUUUCAUACUAUUACUAUACUUCAUACUAUUAGGAUGGUGCUCUGUUGGUUAUAUAGUGAAAUGCAUAAAUUCUAUAGAAAUUUAUUUCCAUCUAGUUAUCUCUUUUCUCAGUCCAUUCUUGUCAAUAUCUGAGGCAUAGGCAGUUAAAAGGUUACAAACUUUUGUGUCGAUUAGAUUUGUCUAUUUUCCUUGGCAAGAGAUAUUUUGCAUUUACAUGGUUCUAUGUGUCAAGAAGACAGGACUGAAUCUUGCUUACCAAGUGAUCAAGGAACAAUGAGACACACCAAUAAUCCUUAGAAUCUGGUAUGGGAGAUUUGCUCUAUAGAUUUGUCUUAGGCAUUGCCUGAGGGAUAUAUCUCAAAGUCUGUGGUGACUUCAACUUGGUAAUCAAAAUCAGUUUAGAGAAUUGUGGUUGCUUUUGGUGUCUUACUGGUUGGAAUAAAAUUGUAUCUAUCUUGUU